UCACUCACGUACUCUUUAAUAAGCGUAAAAGUAUCAGACGCAGAACAGAAGAUUUAUCAUCUCUUCUCUCAAAGACACCACAGUUUUACUAUUCAUUCGAGCCUGGUUCUCUCAACUCACUCCAAGUAAACCCAAAGACACCACAGAUCAAGAAAAUCUGGCCCUGUUUUUCGGCGAGUUCGUAGCUUUUCUAUCGGCGCCCUAACGAUCACAGGUCACAAUGGACAAGAAGCUGGAAGACGCUGAUGCUAUGAUGUUGCAAGAUAAUGGAGUAACGUACAAAAAGAAGUCAACCUCGCUUAAACGAACCAAAGUUGUGGCUUUAAGCGUUUUAGUGAUUGGUGUUGUUUGUCUUAUCGUAGGUAUAGCGUUGAUUGCAAGCGUUAAAAAACCAACCUGCAUUGACACUAAGAAGCCUAUUUCUGAUUCGGAGUUGUUUUGUCGAUACUCAAAUGAAGCAAAUCGAAUCGGUUUGGGGGAAUUUAUCGACCGGGUGAGGAAAACGUAUCAUAAGUAUCAUAAAUAUAAUGUCAUGUACGAUCCAGAUAUUGGCACGGAUAUGGAAUCGUUCGAACGGGUCAAGGUGGAGUUCGAACCGUAUGAUGCUGCACCUCAAAGUAUCAAAGAGCGCACAGACGUAUCCUGGGAACUCCUAGAAGAAAUCGAUGGAAAAACCAUACAAGUUGAUAAAUUGAAGCCACGUGAACGCAAAGCAAUUGAACAGGUAAAACACUACCUAAAGCAUGUUUUUGGAGAACCGUAUGAUGUGAAUUAUUACGCUGGAGAUUGGAUGUUAGGACCGAAUUUAUUCUGCUGGCAACCUGUGUGCCACAUGAGCUACAGUUUGUACAACGUUAUGCUACACCUUAAGCCUUUGGACUUAAUGGAUGUAGAACUGAUCAGAACAAAGCUUCAAAGUUUCAACUCUACUAUCAGUCAGUACGUAGCGAACAUGAAGCUUGGGGUGAUUAAGGGAAUGGUACGAAGCGUGGAUGAGUGCAAAGCAGGCUUUGAUGCUAUCUCCAGAAAUUAUUUGAACAUAUCACUCUUCAACGAGACUGGAGUGUUAAAAGAAUGGUACACUCAAGCUUUACUGGAUACAGAGUAUUACUCGCAGAUCAGCGAUGAUAUGAACAAAGAAUGGCAAAAAACUCAUAACAAUCGAAACGUGAGCGAAUCUAUGAAGGAAUAUUUGAUUGAGUACAUUGGGAAGCCAAUCACAAACAUGUUGAGGUAUCUGAAGGAAGAACAUCUUCCUCAUUGCGUCCCCAGUUCUGUGUCCAGCGGUUUAGCUGGUCUACCCGUCAAAUACGUCUAUACUAACGGCAUUGCCAACACAUCCAGGCCUACAGACCCGACCCUACCCCUGACAGAUAAGAUUUUAGAUGGCAAUAAAACAUAUGAAAUGAUCAUGCCUUAUUUUACCACCAACAACAUGACGGCUGACGAAGUUCACCAGUUAGGGUGGAAGAUGCUUGAUACUCUUUAUCCAAAGGUAGUCGAAAUUGCUAAAGAAGUGACACAAAUUCACAAUGACAGCGCACAAGCCGUCCUAAAGUUUCGUGAGAUUCUUAACUCGUCUGACAGUUACUUUGAUGAUCCAAUCCCUAAAAAUGAAAGUGACGAGACAGCUCAUCGAAAAUGCAGUGAUUUAGCCGGUGCUGAAAAGUACUGUCCUGCUCGAUGGGCAGCUAUUCAGAAAUGGUUUGAAGAGGCCAGAAAAGUAAUGAGCAUGCUGGACCCCAAGAUCGUCAAAAUGUUUUACUUCACUGGUACAAAGCACACAACACCCAACUGUCCCGUUGAUUUGAGACCGGAUCUGAACCCAUCAAGUGGAGCGCAAAGCUACGACUCGAGCGGGACAGCAUGCAGUGGCAGUGCAAUCUAUAACAUACCGUUCUUCUUGGGGAGAAUGGGUCCUCGGUAUUCUGAGUGGAGUGUCAAUGCUCAUGAGGCAAGACCUGGUCAUCAUUUACAGGUCCAGGGAAACAUCGAGCAUUUCCGAGACAGCUGCGGUGGUUCUAUUGRUUGGUUAGACUCGGAAACAUACUACACGGCUUUCACCGAGGGAUGGGCGUUGUACGCUGAGAACCCGCUCAUCGCUGAAGAUACAGAUACCUACAAGAACGAAGCUAUGCAGAAAUUUGGCAUGUUAAAGUGGCAGAUCUGGCGUGCCAUCAGGCUCAUUGUCGAUACCGGGCUUCAUUACAAAGGAAUGACAAGGAGCGAGGCCUUGAAGCUCUUCGACGAGAAAGCCUGGGACGGGACAGACUUGGCCCAGAAAGAAGUCACUCGAUAUCAGAGCGAUCCAGGUCAAGCAACGGCUUACAUGAUUGGACAACUAGAUAUCAAGAAAGCCAGAGAAUAUGCUACGAAAGAGCUGGGGAAGAGUUUCGACUUGAAGGAAUUCCAUUACCAAGUUCUUUCACAAGGAUCUUCUCCUCUGGGGUAUCUAACAGACCAUAUUCGUCGAUAUGUUGAGUGCAAGAAAGAUCCUAGCAAGACGGGAUGUAAGGACAUCCUAUCACCUCUGAAAGAAACAUCUAGUAGUUCAGAAAAGGAAGGAAUGAAGAAGGCACCUAUGCCGAUUAUACGUCCACCCAAAAGACACUACAUUUAGAUUAAGGAAUAUAAAACACGCGAUGUAUUCUCAUACCUAAGAUAUAGAUAAAGCUGGAUAGGUGAUGGAUAUAUUAUAGAUUACUACUGUAUAUGACGUAUUUCUUUCAGGAUCAAGCUUAUACGAGUGACUUAACAAUACUUGCAUAUAUCGCCGCCAUUUUGGAGAAGACUAGUCUUCCAACAUGGCGGGUAGAUCUUUCCUUAUUUUAUUUUUGUGAGCGUUUUCAUUCAGGAUAUAGCGGGUUUUCUUUCUUUCAGUUAUAACAGAACGUAGUCUACGGAAGAAAGGGGGUACUCUAACUUUUGCUCCCUCAAUGAAUGAUACUAAGAUAUCAUACUUUACGGUGUUUUACAGCAUUGAUCUCGACUUUGUACAUGCUUGUCAAUUGAUAGUAGAGUCGAUCCGGCAUUAUUGAUUAUUUUUUCAAAAAUUCUUGGUCAGUUAUCUUUAUUAAUUUACGAAAUAUACUUGAUUAAAACUACGAUGUACGAA